AUGAUAAAGAAAGUGAAUGAAGGGUCGUAUGCCAAGGUAUAUCUCGCAGAGUACAGAAAUCCAAACAAGAAUGACAAACUGUCGUUAUUGGCCUGCAAGGUCAUAGAUACGAACACGGCACCAAAAGAUUUCGUGAAGAAAUUUCUACCGCGCGAGAUAGACAUGUUAAUAAAGUUGAACCACCCGCAUUUGGUACACACGCACAGCAUAUUCCAGAGGAGAUACAAAUACUUCAUAUUCAUGAGGUACAUGGAGCACGGUGAUCUGUUGGAGCACAUAUUGCAGAAAGGGGCUGUGCAAGAGGACCAAGCGAGGAUAUGGACGCGGCAACUCGCGCUCGCCGUACAGUACAUGCACGAACUGGACAUCGCGCAUAGAGACAUCAAAUGCGAAAACGUACUUCUGACUGCGAACCAAAAUGCCAAACUCUCGGACUUUGGUUUCGCUCGCAUGUGCGUAGAUAAAAAAAUGAAGGACAUACCGAGCGAAACCUUCUGUGGAUCCCUCUCCUAUACGGCGCCGGAGAUUCUUCAAGGCUCUCCAUAUUACCCGAAGCCGACUGAUAUUUGGUCUCUCGGUAUCGUUGUCUACGUUAUGUUGAACAGAGCCAUGCCGUUUGAGGAUAAACACAUAAAGCAGUUGUACCACGCGCAAAUGAAUAAAAACUGGAGGUUCCGGACGCGAUACCUCGACGCUUUGUCCACGAACUGCAAAUGGCUGGUCACGCAUAUGCUGGAGCCGAACUGUCAGCGCAGGUUGAAGAUUGAUAGCAUAAUUAACAAAUGGACGCCUCAAGAAACCACUGCGUACAAUAAGGCUCGGGAGGAGAAGACACAUCUGCGAAAUAAAUUGGAAGUAUCAGAACUUGUGCAAAACUCUUGUCUACCUGACCAACCCACGGUAAAUACCUCGUGUGGUUUUGCUGGAUCCUCGUCGUCUUGGUAA